UUAAAUUGGAUAAUAGAUGUUGUUGUUACUCUUUUGUUGUUCUAGUUGUCAUUUAUAAGAAAGAUAAAUUAUUACAUAGAUCUAAUCGAUACACCACAAUAAAUAAGAGAUUGAUACAUAUGUUAUCAAUGUUUUAUACUUUGAUAUGGAAUGAUUGACACAUCUAUUAUUUAAAAUCAAUGAAUAAUCAUCUAUAUGUUUGGUAUAUAGAUAGAGAUAUAUAACAAAUUAGAUAAUUUUUUCUAAAUGGAAAAGAAAGAAUAGAGAAAGAGAAAAAAUGAUAAGAAAUAAAUCAAGGUAUUUAAGUCCUUUAUUAUUGAAAAAUGAAAAAACCUAGAAAGAGACACUAGAAUGAAAAAAAAAGACAUGUUCAAGCACUUGAUUAUUAAAAGGAAAAAAAGUUUUGGAAUUAAAAUAACAAAAUUAAAUGAGGUCUGGAAACUAAUAAUACAAAUAUCCUUUUAAAUUCAGCAAAUAUUUCAAUUAAAUCCAAAUCUAAUUUGAUCUAAACCCAAAUCCACGGGCCCCAUUCCACCAGUCCAAACACAACAUCCUAAUACGAAGUAAAAGAAUUUUAUAGUGACCUUGAUUUGAAAUAUUUUCUAUCGGAAAGAAGUUUAAAGAUUGUGGACCAUAAGGCGGGACACGGAGUUGCAUUUCUCGUAUACCAGCAUAAGCAAACGACAAAGCAGUUGAAAAAUGAAAUCGAAGAUGACACAGAAAAUCGCUCUGGAAGCUUACCUCGAGUUUUUGAACUCUCAAAAGCAAAUUAAUUUCACCUCCAAAUUUCUCAAUGAGAUCAUCUCUAUGCACGGCUUCAAGAAAAUCCAGAAAUCUACCAAGGAAGUGUUAAAAGAAGCAGUGGAUACAAUAGAGCUAGUGAAUCUGUCACGCUCUACUUUGAGCGAAGAUGAGGUGUCAUCGUGUGCGUUUAUGAAUCUGGAAGAAGUAAUCGCAGCUCUGAACGAUCUUAAUUGGCAAGAUUGCUGCAUUACCUCUAUCCAAACUCAAACUGAUCCAGGCGGUUUCAAUUCGAAAUCUGCAGCUGACGGUUUGGGCCUUGAUGUUGCUGCUGGUUCCAUUACUGACAAGCGCGGCAAGAGGAAGAGAUCCAAUACACCUGCUGCUGAAUUUGGUGGAUCUUCGUCUUGUUGAUUUGUAUGGAAAUGAAGGUUUCUGUGCGUUCGAUAAUUGGUAAUCCAAGUUCUGGAAGCUUCAUGAGACUUGGCGGGAGAUCUUAACCCUUUUGUUUUUUAAAUAAAAUUCAGAUUGAGAAAAUUAUUAAAAUGGUGUUUAAUUGUUGUUUGUCUUUCCAGUUAGAGAAAGGGGCAGAACUGUGUUUUUGUUUUUACUCAAAGGACUAUUCUGUCUUUGGGCCAAUUUCUAUAAUAAACUCGUUUUUCGCUUUCA